AUUAACAAUUGUGUAUUGGUUUUUCGUCUCCAAUAAUAGUGAAGUGAAAUUUUUGGUAUAAAAAUCGAUUCAAAUUAAGAUUAGAGCAGUGAAAAUUAAAUUAUCAUGGAAACUGUCAGUUUAUGCUUUUUGUGCGGAAAUGAUACCGUUAAGCAAAACCUUGAGUUUUAUAACAUACAAUCUUCUGUUGUGCCAGCAUCACAAAAGCCCCUUCACGUUGUCCUUCAACAUUUGGCAAACUGCAUUAAAUAUAAGUUAAUUUUUCAAAAUGAAACCUAUAUUUGUGCAGAUUGUUUUAAGGAGAUGUCUGAUUAUGACGAUUUGAUGUUAAAUCUUCUUUCCUCGCAAAAACGUCUUACUGUAUUAUUGCAAAAUGCAUUGAUGGAAAAACCAGAAGAAGAAACAUCUACACUGGAGGAUGCAAACGAGCAGUCAAUGGACAUUGAACUUGAAUUUGAAGACGACGAAGAUGAUCCGAGUCUUGUAGAUGCGUUCAAUCCAAAUCUUGACACAAAAGAAGAAUUAAUUGAAAUCGACGAUGACGUUAUUAUUGAAGAAGAAACGGUAUAUGAUCACAUAGAACAGCCAGCUACAGACAGUACUAAAGGCGGCAGCAGUAACAUAUCCCCAGAUAGUCACAAUACGAAAACUGAACGCAAACGCCAUAGCCUAGAAUGUGUAAUUUGCGGAGUAGUUUUAAAAUCAAAAUAUCUUCUGCAGAAUCAUAUGAGCGAAUGUCAUAAUGUUAAGCAAUUUACUUGUAAAAUUUGCGGAGUAUCAAGAAAAGAUGAAGAAUAUCUUGAAUUGCAUAUGAACAUACACGAAGGUAAAACAGAAAAUGAAUGCCGCUACUGUCCCAAGCGAUUUACGCGCCCUGUAAAUACUUUAAGACACAUGCGUAUACACUGGGAUAAAAAGAAGUUCCAAUGUGAAAAAUGUGGCGAACGAUUUUCCCUUGACAACAUGUUGUACAAUCAUCGUUUGCGUCACGAAGCUGAAGAAAAUCCACUCAUUUGUGCGAUCUGUAAUCAAUCAUUUAAAUCACGAAAAACAUACACUCACCAUCUGCUCAUACAUCAGGAAAAUCGACCGCGACAUUAUUGUCACUUGUGUUCAAAGUCGUUUACUGAACGCUACACGCUUAAAAUGCAUCUAAAGACGCAUUGGGGUGAUAAAUCAUCCGCUAGCCCUACAAGUACAAUUGGUAGUAGCAAAAAUUCUCCAGAGGCGAAAGAAACUGAGACCGAGGAGUCUAUUGGAAUAUUGGUGGAAAAUGAUAAUUACGAUAGCGAUAAUACUUGUGUCAUAUGCAAUAAGAAGUAUGAUGCAAAGAACGGUCUCGAACAUCAUUUGCAGGAUGUACACGAUGUAAUCCUUAAAUAACUUUGUUAUAUAAAAUUUUUUGUUGUUUCAUUUUAUAAAUAAAAACAUUCAACUUUUACUGCUUUUAACUACUGAGGAAUAAUCGAUAUAUUUUCAUCUACAUUUAUCGAUGUUCAAACAUUUCCAAAUUUAGUGAAUAGCACUUAAAUCUGAAAAA